UAUUUAUAUGCGCACACGCACACACCAAUUACCAAGUCCCAGCAAAUUGUAAGCAGUAGUGCACUGAUAGCGUUUUGGUGCAACGAGCAAGUAGGCAGCAAGCUCGCCGAAUCGUUCAAAUUUAUUAACCUAGCGAAUAGACUGUAAUAGUGUCGUACCGUUAGUAAUCGGCGGCGUGUGUGAAUUCAAUAACUCGCGUUCGCCGUUCUGCCGAAAAUAUCGCCGACGCCGUCAAACGUUUUACUUCCGUCACACUCGCUGACGUCCGCUAGUACCUACUUACACCAUGCAGUCAACGCCGUCGGGCCCGACAUCGUCCUAUAGUCCAUUGUGACGUAGAUUGUAAAGCAACGUAUCAUACUUAACCAAUCAAUAUGAUGACUAUCAUACUCAUUCGCUUUGCUUGUCAUACGACUGAUGUUGAGAACUGAGUCUUCCCACAAUUGGCCGGUGUUGGGCGAGCGUCAUGGCUGCCUGCACGGUUUCAUUUCUAUUGUGGAUAGUCGCGUUACAAUGGAUUUCAGCUCAAGACUAUUCUUCUCAGUGGGCAGCUCAUAUCGAAGGUGGAUUAAAAACGGCCAAAACAAUAACAGAAAAACAUGGAUUUGUUUUGCUAGGAGAGAUUUUUCCAGACUACUAUCAUCUAGAACACAGUCAUGUAUCGAAGCGAUCAGUUAACCCAGGGAUUGAACAUCAUAAAAAAUUAACAUCAGAACAAAAUGUGAAGUGGGCAAAACAACAAAAAAUUUUAAGCCGAUCAAAAAGAGAUUACUUAACAUAUGUUAGAGAUAGCAGGGAUUCAAAAAGAUUUGCUAUUAAGGGAGGAUUAAAUGAUCCAAAAUGGCCAAAAAUGUGGUAUUUGAACCGUGGUAGAGAUAUGGAUAUGAAUGUUCAAGGUGCUUGGGAAGAAGGGAUUACAGGAAAGGGAUCUGUUGUUACAAUAUUAGAUGAUGGUUUAGAAAAAGACCACCCAGAUCUAAUAAAAAAUUAUGAUCCUUCAGCUAGUUAUGAUAUGAACAAUAGAGAUGAAGACCCAAUGCCUAGAUAUGAUCAAAUGGACACAAACCGCCAUGGUACUAGAUGUGCAGGAGAAGUGGCAGCAACUGCUAACAAUUCUUUGUGUUCAGUUGGUGUUGCUUUUGGUGCUAGUAUAGGUGGUGUUCGAAUGUUAGAUGGAGAUGUGACAGAUGCAGUUGAAGCUCGAUCUUUAAGUUUAAAUCCUCAGCAUAUUCAUAUCUAUAGUGCAUCUUGGGGUCCAGAUGAUGAUGGCAAAACUGUUGAUGGACCUGGUGAAUUAGCCACUAGAGCAUUUCUUGAGGGAAUAUCAAAAGGCCGUGGUGGUAAAGGAUCAAUAUUUAUAUGGGCAUCUGGUAAUGGUGGCCGCGAACAUGAUAAUUGUAACUGUGAUGGAUAUACAAAUGCUAUCUGGACAUUAAGUAUAAGUAGUGCUACACAAAAUGGCCAUGUCCCUUGGUAUUCAGAAGCUUGUAGUUCAACUUUAGCUACAACGUAUAGUAGUGGAAGUAAUUAUGAAAGUCAGAUCAUUACAACAGAUCUUCAUCAUGAAUGUACUAGUAAUCAUACUGGUACAUCUGCAUCCGCGCCAUUAGCAGCUGGGAUAGUAGCUUUAACAUUAGAAGCUAAUAAUAAACUAACUUGGAGAGAUAUGCAACAUAUUGUAGUGUUAACAGCCAGGCCAACUCAUUUAUUAGCUUCUGAUUGGAUUAUAAAUGGUGUUGGAAGAAAAGUGAGUCAUUCUUUUGGCUAUGGUUUGAUGGAUGCUACUACAAUGGUAAGAUUAGCUCGUAAAUGGAAAACUGUUCCACCUCAACAUAUUUGCAAUGUUACUGCUCAAGUUUUUGAAAAACCAGUGCCUGCGCGUAGCACAGUCACUAUAAAUCUUUUAGUGAAAGAAUGCAAUAGUGUGAACUUUUUAGAACAUGUUCAAGCUAAAAUAUCAUUAACAGCUAGUCGACGGGGUGAUAUCAAAAUUGAAUUGACUUCUCCAAGUGGUACAAAAUCAACACUACUUGCUCCAAGAACUCAUGAUAAUUCUCAUGCUGGGUUUCAUGUGUGGCCAUUUAUGACUGUACAUAUGUGGGGAGAACGUCCUUUUGGUACUUGGCAAUUGACUAUUCAUAAUGAAGGAAAAUUAUUAGGUCGAUCUUCUUUACACGAGUGGUGUUUGAUAUUGUAUGGUACUAAAUAUUCCCCAAGAACAUUAUCUCCUAAUAUCUAUCCUGUGGAACAGCCUCCUAAACCAAUUCCCCGGAGGAAUUCCAAAAAUUCAAAAAAAAAAUCAAAAAAAAGUAAAUCACAAAAACAGUCUACCACUCCAAUUAGUACCUUGAUAAAACAAAAUAUUUCUAGUAAUAAACCAAAUGUUCAUAUUGUUCUAUUUCCUAUUCCAAAUUCAUCCAAAUUAUCUCCUACACUAACAGAUAACAUCCAAACAUAUCCUAGCAGCCAUAGACUCUACAGUUUACAAAAUGUGGAUGGCAGGCAGACAAAAAAAAAUUUGUCACCUGAAAGAAACAUAUCACCUACAACUUCAGCUACCAUGACUGACUGGGAGAUGGUUUUUUAUGGAACAAUAUUUCCUCCAGAACAAACACAUGUACUUCCUACUACUAGUUUAAUCCAAAACCGAACAUCACAAGAAGAACCAGAAAUAAAUUUCAAUUCUGGAGAAUGCCGCGUGACCACUACUAAAUGUUUAGAAUUUUUUUUUUAUUUACAUCACAGAAAGUUAAUUGUUUUUCCUGUUCAAUUUAAAUAUGAUAAUAUGUACUGUAUAAUAAUUAAAAUUGUAAGCAAUUGCUAUUCCUUUUUAUAAUAAUUGAUCAAAAUGUUUUUUUUUGUUUUUUUUUUUUUUUUUGUAUAGUAAUGAUAGUACUGUAAGAAUUAUUAUAAAUUUUUCUCACCCCACAAUUUUUUUAAGAUUUCAAAAAUCAUUAAAAUUUUCAUAAUAAAAAUGUGAAUAGAAUAUAUUAAUCGGUUCAAAAACAUCAGUACAUAGCUGACACUUUUUGAUUGUAUUAAAUUAUUUUUUUUUCAUAUUUUAUUCAAAUAUUUUAAAUGUAGGAUUUUGUAAAUUUAGCGUGCCUUUAAAUGUACCAAGUAUUUUAAAUCAAUGAUUAUUAAUUAUUAUCUUUCAUUCAAACAUCCAUAGUGUAUAACAUUUAGUUCAAUGAUAAUUUAAAAAUACUAAACAUAUUAAUAUAAUUUAAUACUUAAUGCAGUUUAUGCUAUUUUACAGUUUGAAAUUUGUAUAAUAUGUAUUCACUGUAUUUUCUAAUUAAAUCAUAACAAUAUAUCUUAGUAGAUAAUAUGUUAAGAAGAUGUCAUAGCCGCAUGUGCUAACUUACUAACUUAUACCAUAAAAAAUUUGAGUUCACCAGAAUCCAUGUUACGCUGUUUGUUUUAAUAAUAGAUUAAAUGUAAGUACUUAUUACUAAACUUAAAUGUAAGAAUAUUAUCUAGGAAAUCACGUAGGUUUUUAUUGAUAUUUUUAUUUUAAAUUGAGUUAUAGUUUUGUAAAAUAUUAAAACUUUAAAAUGCCCAUGACUCACUUUAAAAUUAAAAUAUCAAUAAAAGCCUUCAUGAUACCGUAGAUAAUAUUCUUACCUUUAAGUUUGAUAAUAGGUCAAUCAAUUCUAAUAUUAAAUCAAACAUCAUAUAAUGGAUUCUGCUAAACUCUAACAUACAAAAUUGUACAUUAGUAAGAUAAAGACAAUACAUGAGGGUUUGAUGUCAUAUUAAUAUUGUACGUUAAAUAUUUUGAUUGCAUUUUAAUCAUACAAAAUUUUUAAAAAUAAGAACAAAAUAAAUGAUGAUAUUUAUUAUGUAUUCACAUAUUAUACAUUUAAGGACACUUCAUACUUACACACUUUAUAAAUUAAAACAAUAUCAACUAAUUACUACAAAAAUAUUUACUGCCAACACAAAAUAUUUUUAUUUUGAACUAAAAAUUAUCUUUUGUUUACCCAAAGUUCGAUUCUAAUAUUUUGAGAUUUGAAUGAGUCAAAUGUCAAAUAAAUUUGUUUUUUUGUGUUCCUAUCUUGUCUUUUAAUUAUUAUUGAACUAUCUGUGAUACUAAAACAAAAAUUUUGAAUAUUAGUGUUAUCUUCAUGCACAAUUGCAUGAAUAACUGGAAGAACAGUUAAGCACCUUUUAUUAUAUAUUGCCCGACCUUCUCCAAACUAUAUCUUUCUGGCUGUUUUCUCUUUAAUUAAAAAAAAAAUCUUAAAAUAUUAUUUUCUUACUAAUACUUAGCUCAUUGCUUCUUAAUUAACAUGGGCUACAUUAAAUUGCAACUCCUUUCAUCUGUACUUCAAUGUUAAUUAUUAAAAUAAUAAUGGUGCUCUUGUUAUUGAAUAUUUUAUUAGUUAAAUAUUUAUAACCAUCUACUAGCUAAACGGUUUUUAAAUGUAUAAUAAUAUAAAAUUCAUAGGUCAUUAUAAUAUAUCAUGAUAAUUUACAAUCGUAUAAAAUAUGUAUUUAUUUAUAUAUUAAUAUGGGAUAAGCCCAAUUAUAUUAUUCAAGUUUCAAUAGAAUUUAUUUACAACAUCACAUACAAACAUAAUACACAAAAUAUUUAACAUUUAUAAAAAAGAUACAAUAAUUUUAACAAUAUAAAACUCUAAAAUUAAUGAAUUACCAUUGGAAAUAUCGUUUUAAGUAUGGAAUGAAAAAUUAUUUAUACUUUUUUUAAAAAAAAUAUGUUAAUUUAAAAAAUAUUGAAUACACUAUAAUGUAUUUUUCAAACAAUAUGUUUAACUAUAUUUUAUGUAAAAAAAUAAUUAUUUAUCAUAAAUCUAAUAUCAUAAUAUAUUAAUUAUAUUUCUUAUUAAAAAAAAAUAAAAAAAACUAUUUCAAUUGAACAAAAUUGCAAUAUAAUAUUAAUAAUAAUAUUGUUUUAUGAAUACCUGUUUUUAUAUAUACUGAUCAAAAAACUGUGUCCAAACAUUAGAAUUAUUUUAAUCUUUAUUUCUAUUAAACUAUUAGUAAAUUUAUUUGAAAUUAUAAUUCAUAAUUAUGGUUUUAUUAAUUACAUUUUUUCUAAUCUAUAUUUAUGUAUUAAUUUAGUUCAAAUAUAUUAGUAUUGUAGGUAGUAGUUUUUUUAUAAUUAAUUUAAUAUUAUAAUAAUUACAAAUGUAGGUUUUAAAAGUAGCCUAGAAAAAUAAUAUUUGUACAAUUGUCUUAAUAUAAUAAAGGAUUAAAUAAUAUAUCAUACAUUUUUAUGACAUGUGAUAUUACGACUAUGAGUAAAUUGUUCUACACAAAUUAAUUAAAGAGUAAAUAUAUGUUGUUUAAUUUAUAAAUACAUUUAAGAAUUGGUGUGAUAUAUUUUUAAGUCUGUAUAGUAAUACCAUUAAAAAUGUGUUUGAAUUAUUUGAAAGUUUUUUUUUAUCUUUUAAAUACCUAUGCUUACUUUCUGUAAAAGCAUCAUGAAAUUUUAGUGUUUAUAAACAUUAAUAAACUCUAAUAGUUAUAUUAUAAUUGUAAACUUAUGGUUUGAUUUAUAUUGUUUAUAAAUUAAGGCAUGACCAAUUGGUCAAUUGUUUCUGAAAAAAUUACAAAAAAAUAAAAUUUCAUAGUGUUUAGAUAAUAUUAUACUUUCUAUCCUAGUACUAUAUCACAAUAACGAAUCGGCAUAAUAAUAUAUAGCUAUUAACCUAUUUCAUUCACAUAACAAUUAUUAUGUUUCAGUAGAAUAUUAUUUUAAUCUACUAUUUAAAUAUUGCCAUUAAUAAUUACUUAUUAGUUUUACCAGACCUUUAAAAAAAAAGAAAUCACAAACAUAUUUUUUUAUAUAUGAUUAUAGUUAUUUAUUGGAUUAAUUUAUUUUAGAAUAAUAAGUAUAAUAAUUUUAAGUUAUAGUUUAGUCCUUGACAAAAUAGACAUUAUAAAAUUGUGUAUUUCAUUAGUGGUUUAGUGUUAUUUUAUUUGUUUUCUGAUAACAGUUCUAGUGAUUUAUAGUAAAUUCUCUAUGGUACUAUAAUUAAUAUUUAAUAUUGUUAUUACUAUGCUAUAAUAGAUAAUAACAAAAAAAAAAUUCCUUUCUAUAUUUAUAAAUUAUAAUUUUUAUUUUUCUAUGUUCAAGUUUGUUAAGUAUAAUUUAUGUUUCUCCUAUCUUAUAAUUGGCAGUAUAGUUCAUAGAUUUCAAUAUAAUCAUAUUAGUUAUAACUUAUAAUUAACCGUUCUAUAUAAAAUAAUGAGUUAAGUUUUUAAAUUAAGUGAUAGAAAUUGGUUUUGGUGUGUAAUAAGUCAUAUUUUAAUUGUAUUAGAAUACAUUUUUAAGUUAAUAUAAUUUUAAAUAGCUACUUAAUUUGUCUAAAUCAAUUAAAUAGAUAUAAUUUUGCCAAAUCAGUAUUAUAAAAUAUUAAUUAUUAGACAUAAUAUGUAAAUAUUUUACUCUCAUCAAUACCAAAGUAUGUUACGCUCAAAAAUCUGUUUAUCUUGUAAAUAAAAUUAUUACUGUAUUUACAAAAUAUUUUGUGUUUUUGAAAAAUUAGCAUUUUGAUUUGUUUUGUAUUUUCCAAAUAAAUUUAAUCAGCUAAU